ACAUCCAUCACGUCCAAAACGACGUUCGUCCCAUGUAGCUGUCAGCACACCAACAAUGGCGGCCGCUGUCAAAUGUGCGAUACCACCGUUACCAAAAUGGAUUAACUCUCCCAUUACCUCGAAUGUUCACAAGUAACCUGAGUUUAAGCAGUAACAGGAACACCGCUGACAUGACCCUCCUCUGAUUCGGCGUAAGGUAUGGAGAAUGAUGCCGCGAGAAACGUCGUGUCGCCAAAGGACGAUGUUUCUUACGAAAACGAGGCGAUUAAUAAACCGAAAAAGCGGGAGGCAACAAACAAUCAAGGAGGAGACGGCAAUGGCCUUCCAGGUCCGAGGAUCCAACGAAGAAUUUCCCAACCAGAACGCAAAGUCAGUUUCCAGCUAAAUAUUGACAACAUUCCUUCCCAUGCCGACCUGUACGAUAAUACUUCUCCGACCCGUAGGCCCAGUGUUAGUUUCGUUCGGAGAGAUGGCGACGAGAAUCUCGUUCCCAACGAGAGAAGGGCUAAGGCGAGUCGAUCGCCUCAGAGAAGCCCAAGGGUAAGCUUUUCACUGGCUCCCGGUGAAGGAAACCCGAUGUAUAACCGCUCCGGGAAGAAGCCGAACGAGACUAAAUCUCCGAGAGUAAGUUUUUCUCUUGGCCCGGGCGAGGAAAACCCUAUUCCAAAUGACCGCACAACUAAACGCAUAACGAAGGAAAACAAAUCGCCACAAAGAAGUCCGAAAGUCAGCGUUUCUCAUGAAAAUAUCGAAACUAACCCAGUUCAAGUAGAACAACAGACUGUAUCCCCAUCUUCUUCUACUUCUUCUUCCUGUCCUGAUGGUGCAGACCGACCCCGUCGCCCCAGUAGACAAAGACGCUCUGGGGUAGUCAAUAGUUUUGAGAGUGGGCGGGUGACGUCAGACAUAUUCUUAGAUAAUCUUCCCUCCGACAAACCUACAGAAGAAGACGACCAGUCAAUAUCAACAAUAUCAGGCAGUGUUGAUAUCGAAUAUACUUCAGCGAGAACGGCCAGCUACAACUCGGAGGAAGAUCUCGGUCAGGUAAACAGCGGGUAUGAAAGCGAUGACGUCAUAGAAAACAUUGCACUAAAAGUGAACAGCAUCAUACAGGAUGCACAGGCAAGUGAAAUGAGUAAUGGUUACUAUAGUAACAGCAUUGAUAGCAAGGACGAGGGACAAGAGGGACAAGAAGAAGAAGACUACGUCGGCGAAGAUGAAGAAGUAGAGGAGGAGGAGGAGGAGGAGGAGGAGGAGGAGGAGGAGGAGCAAGAGGAGGAAGAGGAAGAUCAGGGCUUGACAUUUAACCUCCCAUCACAGGACAACCAGGACAAACAAACAUUUGAUGUUCCAAUGAAGAAGGAAAGAAAGAUAAAUGAGUUUGGUUUACCACUGUCGAUAAUGAAACAUAAGAAAUCGUCCUUUGCCGAGAGUAACUAUUCUGAUGAUUCCACGUCCCCCAAUAAGAGUUCUCUUGCUCGUCACUUACGGAAGGACUCUAUAGCACUGACCAGUGAGAAGAUGGGUCAGAUAAGGGAUCUGCAGAGACACUACAAGCUGAUGAAGAAGGAAAACAUGCCAAGUUUCUGGAAGAGGAAGACACUGACUAUUAAGAAGUACCAGCUACACAUGGCCGUGGCUGCCAUGUUUGUCGUCGCCGUGAUAACCGUUGCUGUAGGCUGGCAUUUCCACGACCAGUUUCAUGAGAUAAGGAAUGCUAACCAGCGUGUCUUCUUCGAGCCCUCAAGUCGAAUCCUCACGCUGAGAGACCACCAAGAUAAUAAGAUAAUUGCGAAUCUCGGGGUCAGCAUCCCCAUUUGGCUUCUGCCUUCACACUGCGCAAAUGAAAAAGAAACAGGGUCGUUUACGUGUCUAAAAUGGAAAAAUAAUGCAGUUUUAAGAAUCCGACACUUUGGAUCAAAAGCCGUAAAUUGUUAUAACAUAACAUGGGAGGUCACCCGUGAGGACCUUUUCCCAGAAGAUUGCUUCAUAAUAGGUUCUCACGUCUGGUUUGGUCCGUCCAACACAUCGAGUGCUAUGUGGCCCCUGGAUAAAACUAACUUUACAUUUACAGCCGCAGAGACGGAUUUCUAUCCUGCCGGAACAUUUAGUUCGGCCAUGGAACGGUACUGGAUAUCCUCGGGAGGAGGGUCGAUCUUUGUCCAUAACGAAGACCCAGUAUCUGUCAAAUGGAAUAUAAAAAAUAACAAUAAAAUCUGCAUCGUUGGGAACAACAGGGGAAGUUUUUAUGGUCAAAAGAGAACUAGGGGAACAGAUUUAAAUUACACAGUUUGCCACGGCACAAAUGCUGUGGUCACUCACAAGUAUGUCCGAAAGUUGUUACCUGACGGUCCGAACAACCUUCCAUCUAGGCUUAGCUUAAAGUAUCCGGUCUGGUCCACAUUUGGCGUUGCACAAUCUCAUGAUAUCACAGAGAACGACAUAUCCGGUUUAGCAAAGGGAAUACACGACAGACAAUUAAAUUGCAGUUUCAUUGAAAUUGAUGGUAAAUGGGAAAAACAUUUUGGGGAUUUAGAAUUUGACAAAGAAAGAUUUCCUAACAUAACAGGUAUUGCGAAAUACGUCAAAACGUUAGGUUAUUCUCUCUCUGUUGAGGUCAGUCCGUAUUUUGGUUAUAAAUCUUUCAAUUUUGAUGAAGGUGUAAAAGACGGCAAUUUUAUGCUUGAUGCCGGAAGAAAAGUUCCAGCGUUUCUUCCGAUGGAGCAAAGUAUCUAUGCCAUGUUGGACAUCACUAACCCGUCAGCAGAAUCGUGGAUGAAAGGCAAGAUGAUCCGACUUUCUUCCACAUACAAAAUUACAGCCUUCCACAUAUUUUACCGUAAUCGAUCAUGGAUGCCGUUUAGUCCAGCAUUCCAUGCGGCGGAAGUAACACCAAGUAUGAUUAGAAAUCUCUUUGCAGAAUUUGUAACAUCAUUUAAUGAAGUUGAUGCUGAUAUUGUUGAAGGAACAUCCGGGUCACAAAACCAAGUUUCGUUCGUUAACAUACCGACAAAGGUCACUAUGCAUUCGGAUGGUGAGUGUAUAACUGGUAUCAUAGAAACAGCAUUGACUCUGGGAAUUAUGGGUUACCCCUUUGUUAUCGUUGACGGUAUGUUUGUACAGGAACCCGCUGCUGGGCUCGAAGAGUUUGACUUGCCUAAUCGACAGCUCUACAUUCGAUGGAUACAAAUGGCUUCCUUCUUCCCCGCCAUGAAGUACGCUGUUCCGCCGUGGGCUUUUGAUGAUGAAUGUGUGGAAAUGGCGCGGAACGCUUCUUUAAUGCACCAACAAUACACUGUGAAAAUUAUAAAUGAAAUACAAAAAGAAAUAAAAAAUGGCGAUCCAAUUAUUCGACCAAUAUGGUGGACUGCUCCGUCCGAUCAAGAAGCACAUACCGCCAAGAAUGAGUUCAUGGUCGGCGACUCCCUCUUGGUCGCGCCUGUCGUUUGUGAUGACGUCAUAGAGCGGGAUAUCUACCUUCCGGAAGGCUUCUGGACGGAUAAGCUAACAGGAGAUUUUAUUUACGGAAAGAGGUGGUUAUAUAACUAUGAAGUAAAAAUAAACCAGAUACCACACUUUAAACGGAAAGAGGUCAUAGGGCACUAGUGUCUAGUCAGUCACUGUUAGUUACUUUUUUAAUUUGAAGAUAGUGUCUGACCAUGAUUCUGCAUGCAAUCUUUAAUACGAGUAUUACUGAGUGACCUCCCUUUACUCGAAGAUCGAUUAACGUGUGUUUUAUGUGACUAUGAGAGACACUUCUUUUUCUAUAAGUGGUUUGCUGUUACCGAGAGCUAUACUUCUGUUGUUUUAAGUGAUACCCAUUUUGCUAUGAGUGAAAAGCCUGUUACUAUGAGUAAAUGUUUUCAUUCGAUAUCAUAAGAUGAUGUAGAACAUAGAAGUGGUCCUGUUAUCCAUCAUCGUGUAACUGUGGUAAAAAAUGGGUCAUUCGUGGAAGUCAGUUCUAAACGAACAGUUCCUCAUAUUUUGUUCUGAAAUAUAUUUCUUCCAACAGAACCAAAACUUCCUAGGUUCGAGUCUUGAUCUGUCACAGUUAACAGUGAUUGAUUUGUGUUCAAUUUUGAGGUAAUUGUAUGUGCUGUAUAUAUAAUUUAUAGGUUUGUUUGUAGUCUGCUGCGUUUACGAAAAGGAAAUUGGUAAUGGAAUAUGCAAACAUAACAUGAAAUGUAACACAUCGUCAGAGUCCGCCAUGUUUGUUCUAGAUCGGGUGACAGGUGGCAACAGUUAUAAGUGCUAUCAAUUUAAACGAUCUUCAGUAUGUUUUCACAUUUACACACGAUGUUCAGUAUGUUUUCACAUUUACACACGAUGUUCAGCAUGUUUUCACAUUUACACUCGAUGUUCAGUAUGUUUUCACAUUUACACACGAUGUUCAGUAUGUUUUCACAUUUACAUACUAGUUAGUAUGCGCUGGUGUGCUAUCAUUUAUUUUUGUACAAAUAUGUGUUCUUUGUAGUAAUAAUUUUGUCCUUAAUUAUGACAGAUCUGUUUUAAGAUUUAUAUAUUUUUUAAACAUUUUAUUAAUCAUCCCUUUACAAAACGAAACAAAUUGCUGUGCAGAAUGUAGAAAUGCAUUUGUGUAUUUGUACAUUUCUUUUAAAACGCCAAGAUCAAAUAGGUGGUCUCCCUUUGAUUUAUAUUCGCCUUCGAGCGAAGGUUUUAUUUUGUCUGUUUUAGAAUGAACGGAAUGCUUUAUAAUUCCAUGUUACCGUGUUAAUAGGGAAGUUAUUUCUAUAAACACUUGUAUUACUACAUCAUGUUAUUUCCUAAGGCUGUGCUGUUCGUAUUUAUAAAUAAUGGUGUUCCAUUCACCGAAGGAUACUUUUUAUGUAAUUUGCAGUAACGGAGUCAAUUGUUCUAUAACUGGUUCAACAUGAAGUCCGUUUAGGAAUAUCAUGUAAUACCUUGUACCUAAAAGAACAUUGCGUUUUUCAAAAUUUUCCAUGGAGGUCAAGUGAAUUGAUCCAAUAAAAUUAAAUGAAGGAAGAAA